AUGUCAAAUAAUCCCGUUAGUGAUGUGGAAAUUCAGAAGCAAGCCCAGCAACAAUAAAAUAAUAUACUUGCCAUCUUGAAAUCUGGUAACGCAACUGUUGUCAAUGAAAAAUUGCAGAGGUGUCGAGAUUUCAAAGAGGGCAAAGACAUUCCAGUCCCUUUUUGUUAUAAAGAAAACUCCCCCAAAGAAGAAUUAGUAUUGGAGCAUGUACAAUAAUUUUAAAAACAGUUUCAAUUACAUUAUGAUGAAAGAAGAAACCUCUUCCUCUAUCCAAAAAAUGAAUGCGAUCUCUACAAAUUUAUAUGCACAACCUUGCGUCCUUAAAAAAUUGGAUAUCUAGAACUCUACAAUUACGAAUAGUGUGCUCGAUAUAUGAGCUUCUUCAUAGCUUAUGAAUAAUUGGAUCCUCCUGAUCAAUUCCCUAAAGUAAUCCCCAGUCCAACCAACGUUGCGAGAUGGCAAAAAGGAGAUUGCUUUGAUUUAUCUAUGCUACUCUGCAGCGUCUUAAUAGGUGUCGGAUAUGAUGCUUAUUGUGUGUAUGGAACAGCUCCUCGAUCAAUAACAAGUAAGAAUGAAUCAGAUCUUGAUUACAUCUUCAUCAAUAAUGGAAUUAAAGAGGAUGAUGAAGACAGGGAUAAAGAUAAUGACGAACUCAAAGAUAAUGAAUUUGCCAUCCUUCCAAAAGAAGAGAUUGUGUCAAAAUACGAUACUAAAAUAUAAAAGCAAAAAGAGGAAUUUGAAAAAGAAUAAAAAAGAAUAGCUCUCACUAUUGAUGAUGAUGAACCGAUCAAAUGGGAGCGGUUAUUAUGCCGGCAAAGAAUUCAUUGUUGGAUACUCUUAAAAGCCGGAAAAAGAGGAGUUGAAAGAAAUCUCUUUAUUGAACCUUCCACAGGUAGGAUCUAUUAAAUUAAUGAGAGUCCCUUUUUAACUGUUGAUGCUGUUUUCAACAAUAAAAACUUCUGGAUUAAUAUGAAACUUGAAUCUAAAGUUGCAGAUUUGAAUUUUGAUGAGAUGGACACAUCCAUGAAUUGGGAAUACGUCAUGUUAGACACUAUGGUUGAAUAAAGCUAGUAAGAUGAUGAAGAUUAUAAUUAUGCAAGUCGAUCCCUAAUAAUAACAAUUAUAAGAUAUUGCUUAAAUCUUAGACAUGCCACCUCCUUGGCCACCCAAGAUGUUCAUAGAUAAAGAGUCUUUUCUCAAGGGAACACCUUUUGGGAGAGUCUACUGUCUUCUAUAAGAAAUGUUAAAAUUGACUCCUAUGCUCCAUACUCAUAAGAAAAGGAUGGAUUAGUUUAAAGAUUUACUAUUUAUCAGGAUUAUAAAAGAUUGAAAAUUCAUGAAAUUAGAUAUUUUUACAAACACAGAUCUGACAAAUUAGUGUUGAAAAGAAGAUUCCCUUAUGAAUUUAAGACCAUUGAAGAGUAUGAGCCAGGUAAUAAACCUUAAAGAAAGACAAUUACUACAAUAGAUAGAUAAUUAAGGAUCAUUUUAUAUUACCCAACAAGGAAUCAUGAUGGGUUGAUUAAAAGAAUAGAAAAAAUUGGAGAAAAAACAAUAGAAGAGUAUGAGAACAGAGAUGAUAGAGUUAUAUAUAGAUCUGUUAGAUUUGAUGCUAAGGAUAAAAAAUUUGAAUAAAGAGAUUUAAUCCAUAAUGAUAGAUAUAUGGGGAUAAGUUAAAAUUACUAAAAUGACUUAAAAAUAUGA